GAGUUUUAAAAGCUUUGGACGGAAACUCCGAGUCGGAGAUCGUACUAGAGGACGGCGAAUCUUUCAUCGACUGUCCUUUCGCUUCCUUAACGCGACAGAGAUGUGUUCUUUAACUCCCGAAUUGCCUUUGUAAGCAAUCGCGAUUAGGUCGGAUUGAUAGACUUGAUUGUAUCCAAGGAUCCUUUUAUGGCGGCACCGUGGCAGUGGGAAAACGCCACCGCCGGCGCCGUCGCUGGAUUCGCCACUGUCGCCGCUAUGCACCCUCUUGAUGUUGUCCGCACGAGAUUCCAAGUCAACGACGGUAGAAGGUCAAUUCUCCCGACGUACAAGAACACAGCUCACGCUGUCUUCACCAUUGCCCGUCUCGAGGGUUUGAGGGGACUUUAUGCAGGUUUCUUCCCUGCUGUAAUCGGUUCUACUGUUUCAUGGGGCUUAUACUUCUUUUUCUAUGGAAGAGCCAAACAGAGACACGCUCGAGGCAGAGAGGAAGAGAAACUCAGCCCUGGUCUUCACCUUGCUUCUGCUGCUGAAGCAGGAGCCUUGGUGUGUUUAUGCACAAAUCCGAUUUGGCUUGUCAAAACAAGAUUACAGCUGCAAACACCUCUUCAUCAAACCCGACCAUACUCGGGGCUAUUAGAUGCCUUUAGAACCAUAAUGAAAGAGGAAGGACCCAGGGCGCUCUACAAGGGUAUCGUCCCUGGCCUUGUUCUGCAGGUUUCUCAUGGUGCUAUUCAGUUCACAGCGUAUGAGGAACUCCGUAAAGUCAUUGUGGAUUUGAAAGAAAGGAGAAGAAAAUCAGAAUCCGCUGAUAAGAUAUUGAACUCGGUAGACUAUGCUGCACUUGGCGGCUCCUCCAAAGUCGCUGCAGUUAUUCUUACAUAUCCAUUUCAGGUUAUUCGAGCACGAUUACAGCAACGGCCUAGUACUAACGGAAUUCCAAGAUAUAUAGACAGUUUGCAUGUCAUCAGAGAAACCGCAAGAUUCGAGGGUCUCAGAGGUUUCUACAGGGGACUAACGGCUAAUCUUUUGAAAAAUGUGCCUGCUUCUUCCAUCACAUUCAUCGUCUAUGAAAACGUCCUGAAAUUGCUAAAACGGCCUCCAACAUGAAGAGUAGAUCCCUUUUUUUUGCUAAUGGAACUUGCAUACAUAGAAGGAGACUUGUCACGCCCAAAAUCAAAAUCAUUCUUUUCAUAUA